AUGGGCACGAUUGGAUUUACAAGUUUCGGGUUUCCAUUAAAAACCAGGAACCAAAACCUCCCUGUUGUUGCUUCUGCUUAUGCUUCUCCCUCCCCUGAAAGAAUCGAUUCGGAAGAAAAUGGGUGCGGGGUUUUGAAAAGAACAACAUCAAUCGUAUCUCGAGCUUCAUUGGUGUCUUCAUCGAUAUUAUGGUUCCCGAAAGAGGGAUUGGCCGUCGUCAAACAAGGACUUGUAGCCGGUAGAAUUCCAGGCUAUCUGAACCUAAUGAACAAGACAGUCGAAGGAGGACUUACCGCCAACCUGAGAAGUCCGGCGGCCAUGGAGAUGGCUGGAGUCCGAUCAUUCCGUACGCCUUUUAGGAAGAGUAACAUGAAGAUAAAAAUGUCGAGCACUACUAACCAGGUGAUUCGAUGCAAAGCGGCUGUGGCAUGGGAAGCCGGAAAGCCACUAGUGAUUGAAGAAGUGGAGGUGGCGCCACCUCAGAAAAUGGAAGUUCGAAUCAAAAUCCUCUUCACCUCCUUGUGUCACACCGAUGUUUACUUCUGGGAAGCCAAGGGUCAGAAUCCUUUGUUUCCUCGAAUUUUUGGACAUGAAGCUGGAGGGGUUGUGGAGAGUGUUGGGGAAGGAGUGACCGAUCUUCAUCCCGGAGAUCAUGUCCUCCCUGUUUUCACCGGAGAAUGCAAAGAAUGUGCUCACUGUAAGUCGGAAGAGAGCAACAUGUGUGACCUUUUGAGAAUCAACACCGAUAGAGGAGUCAUGAUUCACGAUCAAAAAUCUCGAUUUUCCAUAAACGGAAAACCCAUUUUCCAUUUCGUCGGAACUUCAACUUUCAGUGAAUACACCGUCGUUCAUGUCGGUUGUCUUGCCAAAAUCAACCCUCUUGCUCCUCUUGACAAAGUCUGCAUCCUCAGUUGUGGGAUCUCCACAGGUCUUGGUGCUACUCUUAACGUUGCAAAACCUAAAAAAGGCUCAUCUGUCGCCAUUUUUGGGCUUGGAGCUGUGGGACUUGCUGCUGCUGAAGGUGCAAGAAUUGCAGGUGCUUCAAGGAUCAUUGGUGUUGAUCUCAACGCCAACAGAUUUGAGCUUGCAAAGAAAUUUGGGGUGACAGAGUUUGUGAACCCAAAAGAUCACACGAAACCAGUACAAGAAGUGAUUGCAGAGAUGACAAAUGGAGGAGUUGACAGGAGUGUUGAAUGCACGGGUCAUAUUGAUGCUAUGAUAUCUGCCUUCGAAUGUGUUCAUGAUGGUUGGGGUGUUGCUGUUCUUGUGGGUGUUCCACAUAAAGAUGCUGUUUUCAAGACAAGUCCAUUGAAUCUGUUGAACGAAAGGACUCUGAAGGGAACCUUUUUUGGAAACUAUAAACCUCGAUCAGAUAUUCCUUCUGUGGUUGAAAAGUAUAUGAAUAAGGAACUUGAGUUGGAGAAGUUCAUUACACAUGAAUUGCCAUUUUCUGAGAUAAAUAAGGCUUUUGAUUUGAUGCUUAAAGGUGAAGGUCUUCGAUGCAUAAUUCGGAUGGGUGAAUAAAUGGAGAGGAAAGUUUUUAAAAAUGUUGUAUAAUAGUAGCUCAUAUUUCAUAUAAUAACACAUCAAGUGUCUUCUGUAAUCUUAUUAUGUACGCAGUGUUUCUGUGUUGAGAUCCUGACUUUUUUUUUAUGUUUUAGUAGAAAGCUUAGUUUUGUGAGUUUAAUCAUGUCUAAUGUUUUAUUGUCACUUUAAACUCGAUAUAUACCACACUUUAGGACACUAAUGGUAUGCCUAUAAGUGUUUUGGUAUAUAAUUUAUAUUGC